AAUUCUGUGAAAACCUUCCUCGCCAGCAGGCAGUCGGGAAUGUGUGUGUUGGUUGGUUAGAUCAAAUGUCACCAGCUGUGAGGGGGUGGUAUAAAGGACAGAGCUGCUAGUUCUCAGGCAGUGUUAGAUGUAGCUGGACAUGACAUCAUAAAAGGAAACACUGAAAAGAGCGCCGCAGAUACUGCUAUUUAUUAAAAAAAAACAUUUAGAAGCUGACCAAGAUAAGGAACUUCGGCUGAUAGCUCCUGAAAACAACUUUUUCCACCAUGGAUCUUCAGAGGACAGGAUCGUUGGUUCGCCCUCCGAGCCCGAUGGACAGCCUUGAGAAGCAGCUGAGCUGCCCCAUUUGCCUGGACAUGUUCACCAAACCUGUUGUCAUCCUCCCCUGCCAACACAACUUGUGCCGAAGCUGUGCCAGUGACCUCUAUGACUCACGCAACCCGUACCGCUUCUCCGGUGGUGUGUUCCGCUGUCCUACAUGCAGGUUUGAGGUUGUGCUUGACCGCCACGGUGUCCACGGGCUCCAGCGGAACCUGUUGGUAGAGAACAUCAUCGACAUCUAUAAGCAGCAGCAAGAAGUGAGUGGCAAUGGAAACACAGAAACCUUGAAGCCCAAAGAGUCGAAAGAACCAAUGUGUCAGGAACAUGAAGACGAGAGAAUCAACAUCUAUUGCAAAACAUGCCAGACCCCCACUUGCUCCAUGUGCAAAGUGUUUGGGCAGCAUAAAGACUGCGAGGUGGCGCCUUUAGAAAGUGUUUAUCAGACCCAAAAGGGUGAACUGAGCAAUGCUAUCGACAGUCUGGUGGCCAGUAAUGGACGCUUACAGUCUCUACUUAUCCAGAUGGAAGACGCUUGCCGCGCUGUACAGGAAAAUGCUCAGCGUGCUAAACAAGGCUUAGCCGAACGCUUUGACCUCUUGUACGCUGUCCUGGAAGAGCGAAAAACCAUACUGCUGGAGCAAAUUGGAAAAGAGCAAGAUGAGAAGGUGGCUGCUUUACGGGCACUCGCCCAGCGUUACGGCGAACGACUUCAGGCAAGCUCCGAGCUGACAGACUCGGCUGUGAGGGCCUUGGAGCAGAGCGGAGCUGCUGAGUUUUUGUUGGCAUCCAAAGGCCUGAUCACGCAAACCAAAGAUGCAGCUAAAAGCUCAAUGGGAGAAGACCGGCCAGAGCCCGGGUUUGAGAAGAUGGAUCAUUUCACCGUGUCGACAGAGCAUGUUGAAACCGUCCUGGCAAAGAUUGACUUUGGGUCAGGUGAUGAUGAAGAUGAUGAUUUUGAUGACGCUGAGGAGGAAGAGGAGGAAUAAUGGAAACUGCUGUGAUGGUGGACUUGUUGAAAACACUGAUGUGCUUUUGAAGGUUUUCCGACGGGAGUAUGGCAAGGACCUGUGGAUGUUAAUAAUAUAAAGUAACGAGGGAUGUGGGGUAGAAUUACUUGCCAGUACUUUCAGUGCAAUAUUUAACAUCAAUGUUGAAUCCAUAACUUUCCUUACCUUUUUUAUACUUUUGUACUUCUGAACCACUUGAAUGUUGGUGUUAAGAGGAAAAAAAAUGUCAAGUCUAAUAUAAAGAAUGUCUAAGAUUGUUUUUUGUUUCAUUGAAAUGUAGCUUAUGGUAUAAGAUAAGAGAUAUUUUGCAUUGUCACAAAUGUCUUUGGUGAACCUGAAAUAAAGUGCAUGACCUUCUUUAUUGUUAGUUCUAAUCUGAACACUAAGUUUAUAUGGGAAGAGCUCAUUCAAAAAGUAUCGAUUUUCUUUGGAGUGUUUCCAUCAGAAUGUGUCCCCAUUAUGUUGCUGCUCUUACUUGGCUUUAGACUGUAUUUAAAAAUAAAAGCAUCGCUAUGCCCUGU